AUGCCCCGGGCCGGCCGCGCCGCUGGGGUGCGCCGCCUGCGCCCGCAGCCCCCAGGGGAGCCGCCGGCCCAGGAGGACCUCCUGCUGGCCGCUGCCUAUGUGUCGGACGCCCAGUAUAACAGAAAUGUUCCAUUUGAAACAGCACCUCAGGCCGUCAGACUUUACUAUUUUUAUAACCACUGGACAAUGCAAGCAGCCACAUACUUCUUUAUUUGUGUAGACCUUUCUCUUGCCCUGUUUGAAGAACCUGCAUUGUUUCCUCUACCUCUCUUGGCCACCUCGAUAGCAGAAGUGCUCUGCCUGACUGCAUUCUUUGGGAGACUGGUACAUUUUGCAAAAGUCACUCCUCAAAUGGUUUUCUGGAAGGAUACCAAAAACAUCUGCAUCAUGGUAACCAUAGUGCUGACCUUGGUUGACCUGAUUCUCUACGGGUCCCUGGAUGCUGUUAACAUCCGCAGCAUUAGGUGGUCACGGCCCUUGAGACCAGUCUUCCUAAUUAACUUCCCCGAAAGUCGUCAGAUCCGAAGGGCUUUCCGAAGCAUCCGGAACACUCUGCCUGACAUCCUCUACGUCUUCCUCUUGUUCACGUUCAGCAUGCUGGUCUUCUCCCUCAUGGCCUUGAAGCUAUUUGGAGAUAGGGGUCUGAAAACAGCAGAGGGAUCACCUUACCUCGAAAACAUUCUGGAAGUAGCGUUUGAGCUCUACGUGCUGGUCACUACAGCAAACAGCCCUGAUGUCAUGAUGCCUGCCUAUGACUUCAAUUGGUGGUAUUCUUUGUACUUUAUAACCUACGUCAUCAUCAAUACCUACAUCUUCAUGUCCGUCUUUCUGGCUGUUGUCUACAACAAUUACAGGAAGCACCUAAAGAAUGAGAUUCGCAAGCUGGCAUACCUCAAGCGUCACAAAAUGAUAGAGGCGUUCAACAUUCUGAAAGUCAAGGUGGGCCCGGAGUUCGUGGUUGAGGAGGCCCAGUGGAGACGGCUGGUGCGCACCGUGGCACCAGACAUGAGCAGCGGCCACCUGGAGCUCCUUUUAAGGAUCUCCGACGAGGGACAGACCGGCCAUGUGGAUAAAAUGAACUUUCUACGCUUGGCUGACCUCCUCAACAUCCAGGUAGUCACCAUUAACAUCAAGAGACACCCAUUGGAAGCCUGGGUGCCACGGGUAUACCAGUCAUCUGCAAGCCUCUUGGUCCAGAAGGUGGUUCGGCACAGGAUUUUUGUCUGGGUUUUUGAUGUCAUCAUUCUAAUAAAUGCCAUAUUCAUUGCUCUGGAUGAGAAAAACCCCUUCGUUUCCUAUGCGGAGUGGCUUUUCCUUUCUCUCUAUGUCAUCGAGAUCCUCCUGAAGCUGUACACAUACGAGCCCAGAGCCUAUUUCGGAAGGAAGCAGUUCUGGAACUGGUUUGACACGCUGAUCAUCAUCACAGCCCUGGUGGCCACUGUGGCCAACACCACCAUUCAGUCAGCAAGAAAAUAUAACAGCCAGCAGAUACUGGAUAUCGUCUUGAUACUGAGAAUACUCCGGCUGCUGAGGGUCAUCGUCACCGUGCAGAGAUUCCGGGUUAUAGUGACCACUUUAAUCAACAUUGGCCCCACGAUGCUGACGUUUGGUGGACUCGUCUUUGUGGUCUACUAUGCCUUUGCUAUCGUCGGAAUGGAAGCGUUCCACGGCAAAGUCCAGUUCUUUGACCCGAAUUUCACCACUCCUGAUGCCCUGGUUUGUGGGAACCCAGCCUUAAAGGGUUCAGCGUUUUCCCGAGGCAGGUACUGCAAGAACAACUUCAAUGACCUCGCUUCUUCGUUCGUGGUGCUGAUGGAGCUCACGGUGGUUAACCAGUGGCACGUCCUCGCAGAUGGCUUUGCCCUGGUGACUCACCAGGCAGCAAAGCUGUACUUCAUCCUGUUCCACAUUGUGGUCGUCAUCCUCAUUGUUAAUAUUUUCAUAGCAUUUAUCUUGGAGGCAUUCUUUGUGGCAUAUUCAUUAGAAAAAAGUGAAGUAGAAACUGCUAUUGAGAAGAAGAUUCAAGAGCUCGGAGUGGGAAUCCAAGAGGAGGAAGUGCAAGAUGGGAAGCCCACUGAUCACGUGGACACCAAGGACCAUGGAGACAACAAAAGGAAGGCCUUGGAAGGACUGUAUUGCAGAAUUGCAUCAAAAAAGUACAGGACUGUGGACGCCUUGCUGCAGUGGAUGUUCGAGUCUGAAAUUGCUCCAGAGGAUGAAGGCCCUUCCUUGGAUGAGAUUCUGAACUUCUCGCCCAGUGACAUGUAUCCCAAGAAUCCCAAUUUCGAGAAUAGUGCAUGA